CCACCACUAAAAUUAUCUAUUCCAACCCAGCCCAACAUGGAUUUCGACGAACUCCACGAAGACGCUUCUGCCAUGGCGGCAGCAAUGGGAUUCUCCACCUUCGGAUCCCACAAACCGCCCGCAAAGAAACGCAAAUUCAAUCCUGCGACCGACGCAUUUGUGUCCGGCCAAGAACUAGAAAGCAUCGAUCGCGGGGGCAAGAAGGGGAAGGGGAGUGGUGGGAAUACGAUGCCGUUGGGGAAAGUGAGGCAGUUUGGAGUUGAGAGAAGGAAUGAGGAUGAGAUUGGGUUGGAUGUUGAUGAUGAGGAGGACGGGGAAAGUUUUGCGACGACAAGAAUCGACCUUCCGGCAGAGAGGAAUCAUGUAGAGGUUUCUGGAAACGGUGCUAUGAGAUCAGAGCGGCGAGAAGGAGGCACUACAGACAAGGAGCGUUUGCCUAUAAGGAGAGCUUCUCACAAUGGAGGAAAUGAGGACGAGAUUGGUUUGGACGAGGACGAAGACGGGGUUAUGGAGAAAGCUCAAAACGAGGAGGAGAAUGAUGGACCAGCUUAUAUCGUUACCAGCGAACCUGCUCCAAUCGAGGCAGUACCGCCUCUAGAUCCAGAAGCUGUCGAGAUGCAAGCACGAAUCGAUGCUUUACUGGCUAGUAUAGAGGAAGGUCCACCUCCAGAAGAAAAUCCUAUCACACAAAGUCAUCUUCCACCUCCUCCACUAGACCUGCCCGCCAAACCGACGUUUAUGGACCAAGGCUUUGGUGUGGGUAGCCAGAGAGGCGGACGUGGGAGGCAGGGGAGAGGGGCGUUUAGUGAUACGGCGAGCGUAGCGAGUUCCAGACAGAGUCACGGAGAGAAAAAUCCGAGGUGGUUUGAGGGGUAUUAUGAUCCGACUUUUAAUGAGAAUCCGUGGAGGGUAUUAGAGGUCGAGAAAGGCAUGGAGUCGGUGGGGACGUGGCUGGGUUUGAAGGAUAGACCUGGGCUGUCGCACGAAUAGGAUGUACAUGAGGUGAUGUACGCACUCGACAGAGAUAGUAACAUAAUUAGCAAGCACCACGGGUGUGACAGAGGGAACGGUUAUUUUGGG